AUGCUGCCCUCCGAACCUCAUUACUCUCGAAACUCCUGUCAGAUCAACAAUCUCACGCCGCUAUCACCACCACCCACAUUACUUCUUGGAGUAUGGACCAUGCUUAACUGCCAUCUGUGCUUUGCUGGCAGCAGUUGUCUUUCCCCAGAGAUACCCCAAUCCGCAACAGGCCUUGCCCACCAGGCGGCCCGCGACGUCUUUCACCAUCCUCUUAGCUCCUCCCUCGAAGACCUCCGCCGCCAGCAACGCCUCAUCGUCCGCGCCAACAGACGGCGCCGCGUCCGUCUGCCCACCGGCCGCGUGUCGCCACCACUGCACGUAUCUGUCUGCCGAAGGCUCGAGAACGUCCAUCCUGCAUCCAUUGAUGCCGCGUUAGCUGCGAAGAGAAGACGACAGGACAUGCGCCUGCGCAGGUACCUGACGAACGAGGCGCGCCCGCAGAAGCCCAUUGUCACGCCCCAGACGACUGAAUCAGUAGUGAAGCCGACUGUUGACCUUGCGACGCACCCUCAAGAGCCGACAAUGCACUUCUCAGGCCAGAAAUCUCAGAAUGCCCCACCAGUUCCUCCGCGCAACCCAGGUCGAACCUCUAAAAAGCUCUGCGACAAGGUCAGCCUGAGAAUACUGGCCAUACGCAGCGGAAGCACCAUCGCCAUGAUGUACGACAUGUACGGCAAUCAGAUCUCACGUCACAAGACGGGACCGCACCCGUACCAAAUUUCGCAAACCGGCCGGCAGUCGAGCUCCCUACGCAGUCCAAUCAUAUUCAAAAUGCCACUCCCACAAAACCGACGGGCCUGCGUCAAAGACACAAUCGGCACUCCAGAUCACCGCCUAUAG